AUGAGUAUCAGUCUUGUAGUUCUAUUUGUCAUCACAAACAAAACAUGUUCAAGUCUGCCACUCACUCGAACGUUGGACGUCUUUUUUGAAGGGACGUGGGUCAUAGCAGAUCCUUUAAAAGGUGCGAUGUAUCACAUUUCUAUUAAACCGAUCAAUGGGAUCAACGGGUAUAUUGCUAAGUUUAGUAAACCGCCUCCUUGUUUUUCACAGAACUAUAAACUAACAUUCAAUAACCUUCAUUUAAACAUCACAACACUGUCAAGUCAAUUCAUCACAGCUGUGCAUUUCGUGAACUUCAAAAACACCAUCGUUGGCAAAUCCGUGAUGAUCCUUUGUGGAAACGUCACAGAAUACACCGUCACACUAUUACGGUCAUCAACACCCACUAUAACUAUUUCGCAUCGAUCAACUGUUAAUAUCACUCGAGGGUAUUUGGUCGCUUCAAAACUCCUCACAGACUCUCCGACAGACACUUUCAUUCAAAGACACUUCCUUUUCAUUCUUGUCAUCCUUCUCUUUGGUUUGUUUUUCGUCGUUAUUUAUUCUUUUAAUUUAACUUUUUACUCUAUUCAGUCACUCGUUACCGCCAUUCACGGCUUGAAAGUUGAAUGUGUUGAAAUACAUGAAUUAGUAAUGUCACUUCUUCAACGACUGCUGCGCAAGUUUCCUCUCAACUGCUCUGAACGAGGCUUCUAUCACCUUCGUUUGCUCAUCUAA